AUGGAUUACAAGGACGAGAAGCCAAUUGUCACCGUUCAUGACAUUGUCGACGACUACAAGGUGGCCCACUCCAAGAUUGCCACCGCCAACCCCAUUACGUCGCCGAUUCUCUUUUGUCGGCAGCUGGUGAAGCGCCGGCGCGAGGCCAAGAACGAGAAGGCGCGUCAGGAGGGCGAGACCAAAAUCGCAAAGAGCCUGUCCGGCAUCCGGGAGGCCAUCUUCGAAUCGGAGCAAAAGUGCCACAUUCUCGUCAGGCGCAUAGAAGACCUCUGCGGCAACAUCGGCAUGCGGACCCAGUACCUGCAUUUCGCCGUCGUGAGUCUGCUCCCACCGUCCGACGACGCCGGCUACCGGGGCAGCAGCACGGCCGAGUACCAGGCCUUGAAGGCGGCCAAGCUCCGCAGCAUGACUGAGCAGACCCAGGCCGCCUUCAACGCAGUCGAGACGGCCGUCGGGUUCAUCCGCGCGCAAAUGAACGGAGUCAUUGUCCUGGUCGACGAGGCCUGCGCGGGCAAGCUGUUUGUGUCGCCUUUUGGCGACCAGAACCCGCCGAGCUUGUACCCAAACGGGCGGACGCGGCCGCGGAUGGUGCGCCGGGACCCGUCCAAAGACGGCUGCCCGUCCCAGUUUGUCAAAUUGCGCGAGGCCGUACUUGCCACGGCGACGACCAACAGCGACUGGAACAUUCCGGACGCGCAGUAUGACUUGCUCCACGCCGUCCACAGGCAGCUGAAGAAGGUGCAAGACGCGCACGCCUCCGCGUACGGGGACAGCAUGGCCAAGCGGACCAUCCACGGCGGGUUCCGGCCGCCCCCCGGCGGUUGGUGGAGCCGCGAGUACAUGCGGUCGGCCGCGACGGUGCUGAACAAUCUGGCCACGCGGAUGGCCUCCCUGCAAGCGAAAGCAGACGGCGUCCGCGAGGCGCUGGUCAGCGCCAACGCCGUGCGCGAGGCCACGGCGGCGGUGAUCAAGCAGGAGUUGGCGUCGCUGGGUCCGGCCUGCACCGUCAUCCCCAAGCAGCUGGAGCCGGUUGACAUGAGAAUGUACAGCAUCUGUUACGACAGCAUGCAAUCGGUGAAAUGGACAAAGGGCAGGACGCACAGCAUCCUGCAGACGGCAGAAGCCAUGCCCCUUGUCCACACCAUCAGCUACAAGCCGCAACAGCGCGGAGUGACGAAGUAG